AAGGGGAUUAAAAUAACUAAUAGACAAUGCUGUUCUUUGUCAUGCCUCACCAACAUGUUUAAAUAUAUGACGUUCAUUGCCAAUAUCGAAAAAUUACAGAACAGAGAAGUGAAACUGAAAGUAGACAACUGGGUGAAAUGACCAAGAACAGAAAAGUUACUGAGGGAGUCGAUUGCUUGAAGAUGACAUCUAUCCCAAUCAAAAAGGGAAGCAAUGUAACUAGAAGAAGGUCACAUGAGGUCGCCAGUGAAGGACCAGCCCUUGAAAAAAACAUGAAGCUGAAGGGCCACUCUAAUGAUGGAAAAGAAAAUUGUAUGAGACCGUCAGUGCUUACUGGGACUCGUAAAGAUCUUCAAGAGGAAAUAGGGCGACUGCAGACUCAGCUAGGGGCGGCACAGUCUCAAGCUUCCCUUCUCCAGGGCUCUCUAAAUAACAAACAGAGUGAACUAGAGAGAGUGAGUACUGAAUUUGUGGAGAUAAGGACACGCUGUGAGACAACACUUCUCACCUGUAACAUCGAUCCAGUGAAUCUAGAAAGACUAGCACCAUCUGAAGAAGAUGAUGUUAUGCUCUCUAAGGCCCGGCAAGAGGCUCAGGAAAAAGUAGCUAUGUUACGGGAUAGACUUACACAAAUGAUUUCUCUGACAUCCAAGCAAAUAUCCGGUUUGAAGAGCCAGUGCUUGCAGCUUUACAGCAUCGGAACCAAAAGUCAACCAGAGGCCCCACCAGAAAAUGUACUGGCUAUGUCAGAAUAAUGCCUUGCUUUUGGUGUACAUGUAUUAGAUUCAACUAAAAGUUGGACACCCUAAUGUGGGUGGUUUAACAUACAUUUGUAAAUGAAAAGUUUCAACCAGUGUCCAAAAGAUGUACAGGCUGUUCCAGGAUAUUUUAUUCCAUUAAUGUAUAUGUUUAAUGCAAAGGGAAAAAAUGGAUGUUCCCAAUGUGACACACUAUAUAAAGUGUAUUAAUAGUCAUACGAAGAUCAUUGGGAGCUGACUGGUGAUUUUAACUGAAUGGGCAGUUUUAAUUGCUUUUGAAAGGAUUUGCUCAUGUAAUUUGUUAAGAAAGAAUCAAAGUUGCCCUGUCCUUUAGCACAAAACAGUGGCUGUACAGGAGUAUAGAAAAGAGCCAAUGACACUUUCGAGCUAGAGCAAAAAAUAUGACAUAAUACUUAAACUGUAAACAUACUUUUAAUGGUGUAAGAAGAAUGAUUCUCCCAUCAAACACAUGCAUGUUUAAAAACGAAAGUAGUAGAAAUAUUUCAUCAAUUUUUACUGCUUAAUCUAGCUAAAGAAGCUUAAAUUUAAGAAAAACAAGUUUUAUCUAAUGUUUUUCUUUUGUCGGGUCUGUUUACUGGAAUAAACAUGUUUAUACUUUUUUACUGGGUUGAGCUGGAGCCACAAGCCUGGGAGCUGGAGCCAAAGCGUGGAGGCUGAGUCAAAAAGCUGUAUAAUAAUGUAUGUUUUGUAAUUGAUGUAAAUUUUCCAAUUUCAUUUGUAAACCUGCAUGUGUUUGAAGGGAGAAUCAUUCUUAUAACUCCAUAAGCAAUAUGUUUACAGACUAUCCGAAAUACGUGUGAAAAUUAAACAUAUUUACAUGGAACUGAAAUCCCAGAUUUCUCAAAAUAGCCCUCAAAAUCGUGAUACAUUGUAGAGUCAUACUUGUCUGCUCUUUUGCCCUAGCUCGUUAAUAUUAUUGGCUCUUUUUUCUAUAAAGCUCCUUAAAGAAAUAUUACUGAAUAUGUGCCGCAUAGGAUGGAUUAUUCCAUUGUCAAAAAGCUCUUCUGUAUUUCAAAGACCUUUGAUAUCUAUAAGGAAGCAUCAUACCAUGGCCCUCACUAAGCUUGUUCAAAUUAUGCCGCUGGGGUCAGGACUGACCCCAUCCCUUUUGACCUACUUUCUUAUUCUUGAAGCUUCAGCAUUGAAAUUUGGACCAUGUGUACAGUUUUGAAAACAAAUAUCAAUGUUGUCAUUGGAUGACCUAUACUGUGACAUUUUGACCUUCUUUUAUUUUUAAAGUUACAGCAACACAAUUUGGACAAAGUGUACAGUUUUGAAAACAGAUACCAAUGUUGAGCUUGAAUGACUCUUAUUUUUAAAGCUACAGCAUUAAAGUUUAGACCAUGUGUUCAGUUUCGAUAUUAUCAUGUCCUCAGGUGAUCUUGACUGCGACCUUUUGACCUACUUUCUUAUUUUUGAAGCUACAGCAAUGAAAUUUGGACCAUGUGUACAGUUUUCAAAACAAAUACCAAUGUUUUCUUGGAUGACCUUAACCACUACAACAUUUGACAAUACUUGAUCCUUGUUUAAUCCCUAGUUGCAUUGCCAUAGACCAAUAAACUCGUUCAUUCUCAUAAAAAAAAACAAUGGUUUAAAACUUUCACUCAGGUGAACAAUUUAGGGCCGUCAUGGCCAUCUUGCUUCUCAUGUUAUCAGUGUGCAAAACUAACAGUUAUUAGUUUCAGUUACAGUGUUGAACAUAAGACUUUAUCUUCAAUUUUAGUUUGUGCAACAUGACUAGUUCAUGAAUUUUUAUUUUUGCAAAAUAUUUUUAAUCAAAGAAUUGUAUUGUAGUAAUCAGGUUAUAUUUCCUAGUUCACAAAAUCUUUAAUAAAUUUGUUACAAUAAUGCAAAUAUUGAUAAGAUUAAAUAUAAGAUAUGUUGUUGUUUUUAAAUUUAAAGAUUUCCUGAGUACAAAAUGUACCUUCUCAAUUGAGCACAAAGAGCUCAAGGUGAGCUAUGGUGUUUUUCAUUUGUUUUCAUGAAUUAUCUUCAUUGCUGAACCAUUUUCAGAUUUGCAAAAAGCUUAUACUUCAAGCAUUACUCUUCUUGCCACGGCUGUGUUCAAAAGAAAUUUAAACACAGCGAACUCAAUACUCGAAUUUCGAAUUGGCAAAAGUGAACAUGAACUUGUAGACAAAUUCAAAUACCUGCAACAAGACAGGACAAAUGCGAGUUUAUAUUCACGUGCGAAGGCCUAUCCAAAGGGGACGGUAGUCUCUAGGAAGUGUUAUCAACAAAGUGCAUAACCUGAAAGACCUUGGUUUUAAACCAUAUGAAAAGUUGUAAAUUCUUGUGUUGUUCCUGUUAUGGAUUGUUGUAGCUCAGUAUGGGGAUUCAAGCCGUUCCAACCCUCUAACAAUGUCCAAAAUUGUCCAAUGAUACUCAUUGGUGAACAUAGAAUUCCCCAGUUCCCGCACUUACUGGCGACACUGGAUGGAUCCCAAUACGUUGCCGCCAAUGGAUCAACAUACUACGCAGGUACAGGUGUACUUGUACUUGGUCAAGCAAGGUGAAAGAGAUCAUGACAUUAAUAGGGCUAAUAGACAGUUUCAAUAAUAAAUGACCAGUUGAUCUCAGUCCAAUGUACAUCUUGUGCGGAGCCAUUAUAUAAACAUUUGGUCAACAGAUUUUAGAUCUAUGCCGAAAUUAAGAACGUAUAUAGUGUUCUAGGGUGACUUUAAAUACGAAAGCUAUUUGAGCUUUGGCCUGACCAAAAAUGAACGUUCCUUACUGGCCCAGUUUCAAACUGUAAAUUACCUUUAAGAUUAUUUAACUAAUCUUACUGGCAUUAAAAAAAUAGCAUAUCUAAUGAAUGACAAAAUGAGGCAGUUUGCGAAGUACACUGUGAAAGCUAAUGUUCUAAGAAGAAGUACACUAUAAUUAUGUAUUUUAAUAUUAUAAUGCCAUAGCAUUUAUUCUUCUUUCAUUAUGCAAUUCAAAUUUGUACUUAACAUUUGUAUGUACCCACAGUGUAGAAACAACCAAGCAUUCCCAUUUAAUUGAAAGAAAUGAGAUAAUGACGCUGUUAAUUGUUCGGUAUUCUAGUAAAUAUUAGUAUAUCUGACAUUAUAAUUAUUACUUUAUACAUAAUUAUAUAUGUUAAUAUUUGUACCAAUGAUUGAGAAAUGUUACUACAUAGGUGACUUAUAAGGCCUGAUUAUCCCGAUGGGCCAGGUGUUAUCAUUUGUAUUGUGAAUAUCAUUUGUGUUAUACACAUGCCACUAUAAUAAACAACUUACUUAUAACAACA